CACCACCUCCUCCCCCGCCCACACACACAUGACCCGGGUCACAUGACGGUAAACCUUGAUACUACCUCCUGGUUCAGACAGACUGGCUAUACAGAGCGAGGCUAGCUGUUUAGCUCCAACUUGUCUAGACGGCCGAGAUGUGGGGGAGAUCUGGUUUCUUUACAGGAGCCCACCCAGCUUUAUAAAAAAUGCACACACUCUUGGGGAUGCAGUGAUUGAAAGCAUCCCACUUCUGUCCAGCCAGUGACAUCUUGAUGAUUGGGCUGAUUUCAUCCAGAUUUUGCCGCCCCUGCAUGUUGAAACAUGAGUUUCCUAGGGGGUUUGUUUGGGCCGGUAUGUGAGAUAGAUGUGCUGCUGAACGAUGCAGAGAGCAGAAAGACAGCCGAGUUGAAGACAGAAGAUGGGAAAGUGGAGAAACAUUACCUGUUCUACGAUGGAGAGUCUGUGUCUGGCAAGGUGAAUCUAAAUGUGAAGCAGGGAGGAAAACGACUCGAGCACCAGGGCAUCCGCAUUGAGUUUGUUGGACAGAUAGAGCUGUUCUCUGAUAAGAGCAACACUCAUGAGUUUGUGGACUUGGUGAAAGAGUUGGCUUUACCUGGAGAACUCACACAGAACAGGAGCUACGACUUUGAGUUCAUGCAGGUGGAGAAGCCCUAUGAGUCCUAUACUGGAGCUAAUGUCAGGCUAAGGUAUUUCCUCAGAGUGACAAUAGUCCGUCGUCUGUCUGACCUAGUGAAGGAGUAUGAGCUGAUUGUCCACCAGCUAGCCACCUACCCAGACGUUAACAACUCGAUCAAGAUGGAGGUCGGCAUAGAAGACUGUCUUCACAUCGAGUUUGAAUACAAUAAAUCCAAAUACCACCUAAAGGACGUGAUUGUGGGGAAGAUCUACUUCCUACUGGUCAGGAUCAAGAUCCAACACAUGGAGCUACAGCUCAUCAAGAAGGAGAUGACGGGCAUAGGUCCCAGUACUACCACAGAGACUGAGACGGUUGCUAAGUAUGAGAUCAUGGAUGGAGCUCCAGUUAAAGGAGAAUCAAUCCCUAUCAGACUGUUCCUGGCAGGAUACGACCUGACACCCACCAUGAGGGAUGUCAACAAGAAGUUCUCUGUACGUUACUUCCUUAACCUGGUGCUGGUGGAUGAAGAAGACAGGAGAUACUUUAAACAACAGGAGAUUGUUUUGUGGAGAAAAGCUCCAGAGAAGCUGAGAAAAAGAAACUUCCAUCAGCGCUACGAGUCCCCCGAGUCCCGAACCCAGCCACUUAACGCAGAGCAGCCAGAGAUGUGAGGGCUACGCUACGAACUGAAAAUACACACAGACACACCCCAACUCUUCACUGCUGAACAGCCAGAGGUGUGAGGGCUGCCCCACUAUCUCCCUGGACUGAGAAAUUUCUGUAUACAUACCUUCAGACAUCCCCGCCCGCCCCCCCUCACCCCAUCACAGCUUCUAAUGUGAGCUGUCCUACCACGGUCACCUGCCCCCCCCAGGACUGAAACAUACUCGCAUACAGAUGCACAAGCAUACAAUCCAAGUCUGCUGAAUGCUAAAUGUCAAGGCAAGAGUGCAAAUCAAAUCGACCCACGUAAGGAGCAGUGAGGCAGUCUAUUUGAUCUCGGCCCCUCCGACUGAAACACACACACACACAAGCACACGAGUGAAGCCAUACAGUCUCAGUUUGCUGAACACAUAAUAAAACAGGAACAAAGACGAAAAAGAAGACAUGGCUACAGACGACCACCACAUCAUUUAUCCCUUCUUCUGCAACAAGAACUUCUUUUUGUUUGGGGAUCAGCUUGAACAAAGGACAUGAGUCAACACACACACUCUGUGUUUAUUUACAAUACCUGACCUUAAGCUAUAAUGAUGCCACAGUGCUCUCGUUCAUCCUUCUAGCAGGGAAAUAAAUAAUUUCCCAGUUACAGAAUAUGGUAAGUAUGUUACAACCAUUCACAAACAGCUUUUUCCAUGCAAAUGUCUGCUUAAUUGGGAAAUGAGCUUAGUGCAACAAAUGUCCAUCUUAACAUCAUUUUAAUCAUAUAUUUAAUCUUAAAAUAUGAUUAUUUUGUUUAAGUGACAAAAUCGAACCGGUUUCUAGUUCCAGCCCACUUCUCAUUUCAUUCCAGAAAUAUUUAAAAUGUUUAGGCAAGAUAGAAACAUAAUUUCUGUGUCAAUUAUUGCAUAAAAUCAUCAUACUGUUACUAAGAGAUACUCAAUACAUUUCAGUCUCUUCUUAAGAUGAAUAUUUGAUGCAGUUUCCACUGAUUGAGUCUGUCAGGUUACUACAGGGUUGCCUACAAAUUUAUCUAACGGUUAUGAUUCAGAGUUUUACUGUGUUUUUCCAUCUAAAGUCAAGAUGUUUCUCUGGCAACAGGCAUUUUGUUUGACCUUGAAAUUGCUGUACAUUUAUGACAAAUGCUCAAGGAUGGAAACCAUUUGUUGUUGGUCUUCCAAAGUUAUUUAAAGGAUCAAUUCAUCCAAAUUUAAGAAAAGAAUGAUGAAUGUCUUUAGUAGGAUACCACUAGGGGUAGGAUUUUUUCGUCAUUUGGGUGAACCGAACCUUUAAGUUUCUACAUCAGCUCUGGUUUCAGCUGACUCUCAGUUCAGUCAGUAAAAGAUAUACUGUAGAUUUUCUUGAAUUUCUAAGAUUCACAAGUCAAAAUGGUUGAAAAGAUGAGAAAGCUGUCCAGCUGCUUUUAACCUGGAAAUGAAUAUGCCCUCACCGCAUGAAUAGCAGUCUCUAUUUACAUUUGAAUGAUCAAAUAGAAAACUGAAGUGAUGCUAGCUCUCAUCAGCAGACUGUAGAUUCACUGUUUCCAUCAGUUUCACUUACUUUUUUCAUAGGAUGGGGAGUUUUUGAGCCUGUUGGUUUGUUUUAAGUAGAAUAGUAAUGUAAUAAAUGGCUCGUGUCUGCUACUGUAAGCACUGGAAGGGAUGCAGUAUCAAUAUACUGUUAAAUCCAGCAUUGUUCCACUGUGAUGCCCAGAUUGGCAGCUUAGGUCCUGCUUUAAAGAUGCACAUACAGCUAUGUGAUGUCACCGGUCCCGUAUGUAGGGCGAUUCUGCCCAUAAGCUCUGAUCUGUGGCCAGUUUUGCACUUUGCCCUCCGAUGCUGUUUAAAAGGGGCAUGGAAGCUGAAACAAAACAUCACUCAAGGACAACUUCACCUCAGAGAUCUCCUGUAUCUGUAAUGGAAAUUAUACUGUCAUUUAUAUAUCACUAGUUUUAAUUGGACUCACUAAGUAUAAUAUUUUGUUGCUUUUUGACACCGACAUGUGCAACUCAUGCCGCCAUGUUACAUGUUUCAUAAACUUCUGGACACUCAGAUGUACAAUUGAGCUUUUUUUUUUUUGUUUCUUCACACUAGUGUUGAAUGUGCAUUUUGUUUGUUUUUCCUUUAUUUGGGAACAGUAUAAUUUAUUUGCAGUAAUGCUUUGUUUCUUUUUUGCCUGUCAGACAUAAUUUCUGUCUCUCUGAACACUGUACAGGUAGAGUUUGUUUGGCGUACUUUAAAUGCCUUCAAUGGUAAUGAAGAAAACACUUAAAUGCCAAAACUCUCUGCCCCUGUCUUAUCUACUGCAUGUUAAUCUUUACACAGUGUCUAAUCAUGCCAUUGAUGCGUGUGUAUGAUAAUAUGUGUAUAUAUACACCGAACCCAAAUAUAUAGUUAAAAUGAAUCGUGAAUAAAGCAAAUUUAUACUGAA